CGCAGUGGACUUCCAGUUCUCCAAGGGAGCUGUGUACUGGACAGAUGUGAGCGAGGAGGCCAUCAAGCAGACCUACCUGAACCAGACGGGGGUCGCCGUGCAGAACGUGGUCAUCUCCGGCCUGGUCUCUCCCGACGGCCUCGCCUGUGACUGGGUGGGCAAGAAGCUGUACUGGACCGACUCAGAGACCAACCGCAUUGAGGUGGCCAACCUCAAUGGCACAUCCCGAAAGGUGCUCUUCUGGCAGGACCUUGACCAGCCGAGGGCCAUCGCCUUGGAUCCCGCUCAUGGGUACAUGUACUGGACAGACUGGGGUGAGACGCCCCGGAUUGAGCGGGCAGGGAUGGACGGCAGCACCCGGAAGAUCAUUGUGGACUCGGACAUUUACUGGCCCAAUGGACUGACCAUCGACCUGGAGGAGCAGAAGCUCUACUGGGCUGACGCCAAGCUCAGCUUCAUCCACCGUGCCAACCUGGACGGCUCGUUCCGGCAGAAGGUGGUGGAGGGCAGCCUGACACACCCCUUCGCCCUGACGCUCUCCGGGGACACUCUGUACUGGACAGACUGGCAGACCCGCUCCAUCCAUGCCUGCAACAAGCGCACUGGGGGAAAGAGGAAGGAGAUCCUGAGCGCCCUGUACUCACCCAUGGACAUCCAGGUGCUGAGCCAGGAGCGGCAGCCUUUCUUCCACACUCGCUGUGAGGAGGACAAUGGCGGCUGCUCCCACCUGUGCCUGCUGUCCCCAAGGGAGCCUUUCUACACGUGCGCCUGCCCCACGGGUGUGCAGCUGCAGGACAACGGCAGGACGUGUAAGGCAGGAGCCGAGGAGGUGCUGCUGCUGGCCCGGCGGACGGACCUACGGAGGAUCUCGCUGGACACGCCGGACUUCACUGACAUCGUGCUCCAGGUGGACGACAUCCGGCAUGCCAUUGCCAUCGACUACGACCCGCUGGAGGGCUACGUCUACUGGACAGAUGACGAGGUGCGGGCCAUCCGCAGGGCAUACCUGGACGGGUCUGGGGCGCAGACGCUGGUCAACACCGAGAUCAACGACCCCGAUGGCAUCGCGGUCGACUGGGUGGCCCGAAACCUCUACUGGACCGACACAGGCACGGACCGCAUCGAGGUGACGCGCCUUAAUGGCACCUCCCGCAAGAUCCUGGUGUCGGAGGACCUGGACGAGCCCCGAGCCAUCGCACUGCACCCCGUGAUGGGCCUCAUGUACUGGACAGACUGGGGAGAGAACCCUAAAAUCGAGUGUGCCAACCUGGACGGGCAGGAGCGGCGUGUGCUGGUCAAUGCCUCCCUUGGGUGGCCCAACGGCCUGGCCCUGGACCUGCAGGAGGGGAAGCUCUACUGGGGAGACGCCAAGACAGACAAGAUCGAGGUGAUCAAUGUUGAUGGGACGAAGAGGCGGACCCUCCUGGAGGACAAGCUCCCGCACAUUUUCGGGUUCACGCUGCUGGGGGACUUCAUCUACUGGACUGACUGGCAGCGCCGCAGCAUCGAGCGGGUGCACAAGGUCAAGGCCAGCCGGGAUGUCAUCAUUGACCAGCUGCCCGACCUGAUGGGGCUCAAAGCUGUGAAUGUGGCCAAGGUCGUCGGAACCAACCCGUGUGCGGACAGGAACGGGGGGUGCAGCCACUUGUGCUUCUUCACGCCCCGCGCAACCCGGUGUGGCUGCCCCAUCGGCCUGGAGCUGCUGAGUGAUAUGAAGACCUGCAUCGUGCCUGAGGCCUUCUUGGUCUUCACCAGCAGAGCCGCCAUCCACAGGAUCUCCCUCGAGACCAAUAACAAUGACGUGGCCAUCCCGCUCACGGGCGUCAAGGAGGCCUCAGCCCUGGACUUUGAUGUGUCCAACAACCACAUCUACUGGACAGACGUCAGCCUAAAGACCAUCAGCCGCGCCUUCAUGAAUGGGAGCUCGGUGGAGCACGUGGUGGAGUUUGGCCUUGACUACCCCGAGGGCAUGGCCGUUGACUGGAUGGGCAAAAACCUCUACUGGGCCGACACCGGGACCAACAGGAUCGAAGUGGCGCGGCUGGACGGGCAGUUCCGGCAAGUCCUCGUGUGGAGGGACUUGGACAACCCAAGGUCGCUGGCCCUGGAUCCCACCAAGGGCUACAUCUACUGGACCGAGUGGGGCGGCAAGCCGAGGAUCGUGCGGGCGUUCAUGGAUGGGACCAACUGCAUGACGCUGGUGGACAAGGUGGGCCGGGCCAACGACCUCACCAUUGACUACGCUGACCAGCGCCUCUACUGGACCGACCUGGACACCAACAUGAUCGAGUCGUCCAACAUGCUGGGUCAGGAGCGGGUCGUGAUUGCCGACGAUCUCCCGCACCCAUUCGGUCUGACGCAGUACAGCGAUUAUAUCUACUGGACGGACUGGAAUCUGCACAGCAUUGAGCGGGCCGACAAGACUAGCGGCCGGAACCGCACCCUCAUCCAAGGCCACCUGGACUUCGUGAUGGACAUCCUGGUGUUCCACUCCUCCCGCCAAGAUGGCCUCAAUGACUGUAUGCACAACAAUGGGCAGUGUGGGCAGCUGUGCCUUGCCAUCCCUGGUGGCCAUCGCUGCGGCUGCGCCUCACACUACACCCUGGACCCCAGCAGCCGCAACUGCAGCCCGCCCACCACCUUCUUGCUGUUCAGCCAGAAAUCUGCCAUCAGUCGGAUGAUCCCGGAUGACCAGCACAGCCCGGAUCUCAUCCUGCCCCUGCAUGGACUGAGGAACGUCAAAGCCAUCGACUAUGACCCACUGGACAAGUUCAUCUACUGGGUGGAUGGGCGCCAGAACAUCAAGCGAGCCAAGGACGACGGGACCCAGCCCUUUGUUUUGACCUCUCUGAGCCAAGGCCAAAACCCAGACAGGCAGCCCCACGACCUCAGCAUUGACAUCUACAGCCGGACGCUGUUCUGGACGUGUGAGGCCACCAACACCAUCAACGUCCACAGGCUGAGCGGCGAAGCCAUGGGGGUGGUGCUGCGUGGGGACCGUGACAAACCCAGGGCCAUUGUCGUCAACGCGGAGCGAGGGUACCUGUACUUCACCAACAUGCAGGAUCGGGCAGCCAAGAUCGAACGCGCGGCCCUGGACGGCACCGAGCGCGAGGUCCUCUUCACCACUGGCCUCAUCCGCCCCGUGGCCCUGGUGGUGGACAACACACUGGGCAAGCUGUUCUGGGUGGACGCGGACCUGAAGCGCAUUGAGAGCUGUGACCUGUCAGGGGCCAACCGCCUGACCCUGGAGGAUGCCAACAUCGUGCAGCCUCUGGGCCUGACCGUCCUUGGCAAGCAUCUCUACUGGAUCGACCGCCAGCAGCAGAUGAUCGAGCGUGUGGAGAAGACCACUGGGGACAAGCGGACUCGCAUCCAGGGCCGCGUCGCGCACCUCACUGGCAUCCACGCGGUGGAGGAAGUCAGCCUGGAGGAGUUCUCAGCCCACCCAUGUGCCCGUGACAAUGGUGGCUGCUCCCACAUCUGUAUUGCCAAGGGUGAUGGGACACCACGGUGCUCAUGCCCAGUCCACCUCGUGCUCCUGCAGAACCUGCUGACCUGUGGAGAGCCGCCCACCUGCUCCCCGGACCAGUUUGCAUGUGCCACGGGGGAGAUCGACUGUAUCCCCGGGGCCUGGCGCUGUGACGGCUUUCCCGAGUGCGACGACCAGAGCGACGAGGAGGGCUGCCCCGUGUGCUCCGCAGCCCAGUUCCCCUGCGCGCGGGGCCAGUGUGUGGACCUGCGCCUGCGCUGCGAUGGCGAGGCCGACUGUCAGGACCGCUCAGACGAGGCGGACUGUGACGCCAUCUGCCUGCCCAACCAGUUCCGGUGUGCCAGCGGCCAGUGUGUCCUCAUCAAGCAGCAGUGCGACUCCUUCCCUGACUGUAUUGACGGCUCCGACGAGCUCAUGUGUGGCAUCGCAUGCGGAAAGUCCAUGAUGAGCUCCGUGAGCCUGAUGGGGGGCCGGGGCGGGGUGCCCCUCUACGACCGGAACCACGUCACAGGGGCCUCGUCCAGCAGCUCGUCCAGCACGAAGGCCACGCUGUACCCACCGAUCCUCAACCCGCCGCCCUCCCCGGCCACGGACCCCUCCCUGUACAACAUGGACAUGUUCUACUCUUCAAACAUUCCGGCCACCGCGAGACCGUACAGGCCCUACAUCAUUCGAGGAAUGGCGCCCCCGACGACGCCCUGCAGCACUGACGUGUGUGACAGCGACUACAGCGCCAGCCGCUGGAAGGCCAGCAAGUACUACCUGGAUUUGAACUCGGACUCAGACCCCUACCCGCCCCCACCCACGCCCCACAGCCAGUACCUGUCGGCGGAGGACAGCUGCCCGCCCUCGCCCGCCACCGAGAGGAGCUACUUCCACCUCUUCCCGCCCCCUCCGUCCCCCUGCACGGACUCAUCCUGACCUCGGCCGGGCCACUCCCGGCUUCUCUGUGCCCCUGUAAAUAGUUUUAAAUAUGAACAAAGAAAAAAUAUAUUUUAUGAUUUAAAAAAUAAAUAUAAUUGGGAUUUUAAAAACA